CAAGAUUCACACGUUGCACGAUACUAGUAAAUGUUUUUUUUAGAGAGAGAGGGAGAGACUCGUUUCUUCGAUCUAUAUCAGAGCUCUCUAUCCCCCAGCAAAACUCGUUGCUUUUUGGGAGAGACAAGAUAUGAUAUUCAAGUCACCGAACACAAGAUCGAGCUUUUUUAGGGUUUUCUCAGUCUCUCAUUUUUACUCUCUCUAACUUCUCAUUGUACACUCUCGGAGAGCUUCGAGGUCGAAGGAAGGGAGAUCUUCAAUCUGAAUAGCACGGCUAUUUCAAAGAGCAUGCUGUAUCCAUACCGGAUACUUACUGGCGUAUGGUACCUCGUAUGCUACUUCUGCAUACGAACUGGCAUUGGUACACGUAGUUAAUUUUUGAUGUACUCAGACGGACCUACUAUAUACCAAGCUGUGCAUUAUGGCACCAAAGAUAAAUGCGGGUGACAGUAGGACUAGGAGUUCUGUAUCUAUUUUUAUAGUAGUUGGUUUGUGCUGUUUCUUCUAUUUACUGGGAGCAUGGCAAAGAAGUGGGUUUGGAAAGGGAGACAGUAUGGCUCUGGAGAUGACGAAGAGCGGAUCAGAUUGCACUAUCCUUCCUAAUCUGAAUUUUGAGACCCAACACGGUGGAGCUGGUGUUGUUGUUGAUUCUGAAUCGAAAGUUGAAGUCUUUAAGCCGUGCAGCUCCCGUUAUACUGAUUAUACACCCUGCCAAGAUCAAAGGCGUGCCAUGACCUUUCCAAGGGAUAACAUGAUCUACCGAGAACGGCAUUGUCCUGCUGAGAAUGAGAAGUUACAUUGCCUUAUUCCAGCACCUAAAGGAUAUGUGACCCCAUUUCCAUGGCCUAAGAGUCGUGAUUAUGUACCGUAUGCCAAUGCACCAUAUAAGAGCUUGACAGUUGAGAAGGCUAUUCAGAACUGGAUUCAAUACGAGGGCAAUGUAUUUAGGUUCCCAGGUGGUGGAACACAGUUUCCACAAGGGGCAGAUACAUAUAUUGAUCAGCUUGCUUCUGUAAUACCAAUUAAAGAUGGGACUGUUAGAACUGCAUUGGACACUGGUUGUGGGGUUGCUAGCUGGGGUGCCUACCUUUGGAAGAGAAAUGUUAUAGCCAUGUCAUUUGCACCAAGAGACUCACAUGAAGCACAGGUUCAGUUUGCUCUUGAAAGGGGAGUGCCUGCUGUUAUUGGUGUUCUUGGAUCAAUAAAAAUGCCAUAUCCCUCAGCAGCCUUUGACAUGGCUCACUGUUCUCGUUGCUUAAUUCCAUGGGGAGUCAACGAUGGAAUGUACAUGAUGGAAGUUGAUCGCGUUCUUAGACCUGGUGGCUACUGGGUGCUUUCUGGUCCUCCAAUUAAUUGGAAACAUAACUACAAGUCAUGGCAGCGUCCCAAGGAGGAACUCCAGGAGGAACAAAGGAAGAUUGAGGAGAUUGCCAAACUUCUAUGCUGGGAGAAGAAGUCUGAGAAAGGUGAGACUGCUAUAUGGCAGAAGAGAGUAAAUGCUGAUUCAUGUCGUCGAACAGAAGAUGAUUCUGAAGCCACAUUUUGCAAAACAGCUGAAGCAGAUGAUGUCUGGUACAAGAAAAUUGAGAAAUGCAUUACUCCAUAUGCUAACAGAGAUGGUGGGGAACUCAAGCCAUUUCCGGAAAGGCUUAAUGCUGUCCCUCCCAGAAUUUCUAGUGGAUCUGUUCCUGGAGUCUCUGUUGAUGCAUACCUGGAGGACAAUAAAAUAUGGAAGAAGCAUGUAAACGUGUACAAGAAAAUUAUCAAAAUUAUUGACUCAGGAAGGUAUCGCAAUAUUAUGGAUAUGAAUGCUGGAUUGGGAGGUUUUGCUGCAGCACUCAGUUCUCCCAAAUUGUGGGUUAUGAAUGUUGUGCCCACUAUAGCGGAGAAAAAUACCCUGGGGGUUGUGUAUGAGCGUGGAUUGAUUGGCAUCUACCAUGACUGGUGUGAAGGUUUCUCCACAUAUCCAAGGACAUAUGACCUCAUUCAUGCCAAUGGGCUUUUCAGUUUGUACAAUGACAAAUGCAAUUUUGAAGACAUUCUUUUGGAGAUGGAUCGAAUUUUGCGACCAGAGGGUGCAGUGAUAAUACGCGAUGAAGUCGAUGUGCUUAUCAAGGUAAAGAAGAUAGUAGGAGGUAUGAGGUGGGAUACUAAAUUGAUGGAUCACGAGGACGGCCCACUUGUUCCCGAGAAGAUACUAGUUGCUGUAAAACAGUACUGGGUUACUGGAGAAAAUAACUCCACAUCCUCGCUUUGAAGGCUACAAUAGGACAAGAUUGAUCUCUGGCGCGAAGGCGUGAUCCCCUGAGAGGAAAUGCAUGAACUAUUUAUUCAUUUCACCAAGAUCAUUUUUUGGUGAUGUUUUACUUCUGGGAGGGGGUUCCACUUUAUAUGUUUGAUCGACGGUUGAUUCGUCGCCUCUGUUCAUUUGUCGUGAGUUACAAAUGACAAAGCUACGCUUGUACGUUUUAUGCUCUAUUUAUUUGAUUUUUGUAUCCUUUGUAGCAUUUUUAUUAUAUUGCAAAAUGUUGACUGU